AUGUCUUUGCCUGGCCUUGAGUUGACACAGCCCUCGGAGGAGCGGCAGCAGGUUACUGCACCUCCGUCGCAGAUCAAUUUGAAUGCGCGUUGCGAAUGGCGCUUUGAGGUCGCCUUCGGGCACAUUAUCAAGGUCAAGAUUCUUCAUGGAACCGCUGAGCUCUUCGGCACAGAGCUCGCCGAGUCGCAAACUUACACCUUCUCCGGCACAAAGGCCGCAAUCUUCACCUGGCACGGCUGCGCCUUCGAAGUCAGCGCCGCAGAGACAACGUCUACGACCUCUGAUGGCGUCACACCGAUAAUGGGCCAUGGAGCCGGCGGGUGCCAGAGCGAAUACACAGCUGAGGAAACGCCCAUGAUGGAAUACGCCAACGUCCACUUUGCGUUAGAGACAAUGCGCGAGGAAGCACAGUCAAUCGGCAAAGACGGACCGCGCGUGCUCCUGCUCGGCCCCGAGGAUUCCGGCAAAACGAGUGUGGCGAAGAUCCUCACGGCGUAUGCGACCAAGAUCGGCCGUCAGCCGCUGGUCGUCAACCUCGACCCGACAGAGGGUAUGCUCGGCGUUCCUGGUACCCUCACUGCGACUGCGUUCCGCACAAUCCUCGAUGUUGAAGAUGGUUGGGGAAGUAGUCCUAUGUCCGGUCCCAGCCCUGUGCCUGUGAAGUUGCCCCUUGUGUACAGCUACCCGAUGCAGAACCCACUCGACGGUGAAGGCGCCGUCUACCGACCUAUCAUUUCGCGCCUUGCUCUAUCCGUCACGGGCCGGAUGGCUGAAGAUGAAGACUCACGCGAAACUGGAAUCAUCGUCGACACGCCUGGAGUUUUGGGCUCGGAUAAGCCUGGUAGCAUGGAGCUGAUCAAUCAUAUCGUGACCGAAUUCGCUAUCGAUACUAUCCUUGUUCUCGGCUCGGAGAGGCUGUACAGCACUGUCGCCAAGCAGUACGAUAGCAAGCCCAGUUCCAGCGCAACGGCUGCUGCCUUCGACGAGCAUAUCACCGUUGUCAAGUUGACAAAAUCUGGUGGUUGUGUUGGUCGUGACGCUGCCUUCCGCAAGGCUACGCGUGAGUCCCAGAUCCGCACUUAUUUCUUCGGCAACAACAUCCCUUCGUCUACGACUGCAUCGACUGCGCUUUCUCUUUCCGCUUCUUCCUCCUCUACUGUUACUCUUUCCCCGCAUGCGCAGCUACUCGACUUCAAGUCUCUCCCUGUUUACAACUACACCGUUACUUCAGUCGACGAUGAAGAUGAAGACGACUACGACCCCUCCCAGCUCUCGAUGGACUCUUUCCUCCCCGGUGGUGGCGCCGAGGACCUUCAGGAAACAAAGCAAGACCCCGACCGUGCUGCACCGCUGCCAGGUGUCGUAGGCUCAUUUUCCGAAUCCUCUGGAGGCGCAAAUACCUCCACAGCUUCCCAGCACAGCGGUAGCAACGUCCCAUUGAAGAAGGUCCUACCACCUCCCCCCUCUGCUCUCGCCAACACACUCCUCGCCAUUACCCACGCUCCCACCACCGCAUCCCCCACCGAAGUCCGCGACGCUAGCAUCAUGGGCUUCUUGUAUGUCGCCGAUGUCAACGCCGAGAAUGGCACAAUUCGUGUCCUUGCGCCUGUUGGUGGAAGAAUGCCUCCACGAGCCAUUAUUUGGGCGAAGCGCUGGCCUGGUGAGUUGGUCGGGUUGGUAGGUUAG